AUGUUUGCAGCACUGAUCGCGUACGUGACAUGUGAAAUGUCAUUAUUCUGCCAGGCCCCGCGCCUUAUGCCAACACCUUUGAAGAAUUUGAGUUUAGUUCAUGUCUCUGUAAUCACAAGACAUGGUCACAGAACACCGAACUAUCAAUUCGUUCCCCUUGAGGAGCGUGGCACCUGGGAGUGUCGUAGCUCGUCUGCUAAUAAUACUAAGAGAAUAUUUAACUACCUUAAAAAAGAUGCUCAGAAAGGCUCUAUCGAAUACUUACCUAAUUGUAUGCCAGCAGACUUGACACUUCUCGGAGAAGAAAUGCACAAGGAUCUUGGCGCUACAUAUAGAAAGUAUUACGUUGAUGAAUUACAUUUCUUACCAGAGAAAUUUUCGCCAAAGCUUUUCCACUUCGAAUCUUCUCCAACAAGAAGAACAUUUUUAAGUGCCGAAUCCUUUAUUAACGGACUUUAUCCACCUACCGGAAAGCACGAGAUCAUCACAAUUGCUUCAGGCAGUUCAAAGACGUCUUCUAUCAACGGAUGGUCUUCAAAUUGCAAGUUAUACAAAGCACAAUAUAAGAAUUACCAAGCUGGCCCAGAUUACCAACAGAUGUUAGAGGAAGGUUGGCCAAUGAUGGAGAGAAUUGCUAAGGAGUUCCAGAUGCAGAAGACAGUUACAAAUAUGAGAGCAAUCUGCAGUUGGGCAACAGCUUUUAACUGCACAACAUCUGGAAACCUUCCAGACUACUUAGAUGACAAGUUCAUGAGCUUCUGCUACAGAGAGCAAUGGAUGUCUAAGUUCGGUAUCUACAACUUCACAACAAAUUCAAGUGUUGCAGGAUCUCCAAUCAUGAGAAGAUUACUUAAGGAUCUCGAUACAGCAUUAGCAAAUGGCCAGAAAUUCUCAUUGUUCAGCGGCCACGAUUCUACAAUUGCUGCAGUCCUUACAAUGCUUGGAAAGUAUCUGAAAUACGUACCAACUUACGCUUCCCACUUAAACUUCGAACUUUUCCGCUCAAACGAUACAAAUGAGUUGUUCGUAAGAUUUACAGUUAACGGUGAAACCUUCAAGGUUCAGCCAUUUGAUCAGGUUUUAGUUCCUUAUAAAGAAUUUAGGGCUUAUUUCAACCAGUUCCUUAACUAUUGCCCUGAGACUUCAGAUUAG